AUGUUGCAAAGAAACAUUCUGCGUUCUGCAAAGGUCAUUGCUCGUCGGAAAAGUGCUUCGGAAUUCAAAACAUCAUCAUCCCAUCAUUAUUUAUCUAUACCAUCGUCAUCAAUGUUGAGAAGAUAUUCCAUUUUGAGAGAGGAUAAUUCUUCUACGAGUGCAAAUCCAAUUUCAACUUCUCCAUCAGAAGAAGAAUCUCAACAACAAACCACCCAUUCCUCAUCAUCCACACGAAAAAAGUACAUGAUCAUGAUGAACUCAUCUUCCGAGAUGGAAAACUCGAGUGCUCAAAAGGAAAAACCAUCCAACAAACAACAACACCACCAAUUCAUGCACUAUGCUAACAAAUCCCUUUCAGAAAUUAUUCAAGAUGUUUUGAGAAGGUCCCUUCGUUUUUUCGCCCACAACUAUUAUCUCGUCUUUGCUUUCGUUUUGCUCGUUGCUCUCAUGUAUGCGUUGGACGUUUUCAAUUUGAGAACUGAGAAAAUUUUGUCGGAACGAGCCAAGUUGGAAGAACUUGAAUGGAAAACGCCGAUAAGAACAACGAGUAGCAGCAACACUAGCAACAAUACUACUACUAUUAACACUAGCAACAAUACUAAUAAUAGUGAGAAUGAUGGUUAA